GUAAGCACUGGCCCCCCUUGCUGGCCCUGCCUUGCCUGCAGGUGGGCCCUGAGCCCUGACUGGGGCUGUGCUGGCUGAUAUGGACACAGGGACAGGGUCCAGCAGAAGCCCAGCACCAAGGCAGCACAGAUUCUGGGCCGUCCAAGACAAGAUGAGCUCCUGGGUGCUGGUCCACACCCUCCUGUGCUCCUGGGCGGGUCUGGGUACUGAAGAAGGAAGAGCAGGUCCCCAGGUCACCUGCCUCAACAACAACAUCCUGAGGAUCGACUGCUGUGGGUCCCCAGAGCUGGGCCAGGAUGCCUGGCUCCUCUUCACCAGCCACCAGGCGCCGGGCAGCCAGCACCGCUGCAACUUCCAGGCUGGCUCGUGCACGGUACAGCUGCCGCCCGAGGAGGUGCUGGUGACUUCCGACUGCUUCUCCAUCACGCUGCACCGCCUGGCCGCCGGGAAGGAGCUGGUCAGCCUGGUGGACCCACAGUACCUGCCCCGGAAACACGUGAAGCUGGACCCUCCCACCAACCUGCAGAGCAACGUCAGCGCCGGCCACUGUAUGCUGACCUGGGCGGUCAGCACGGCCCUGGAGCCGCUGAGCAUGCUCCUCAGCUAUGAGCUGGCCUUCAAGAGGCGGGAGGAAGCCUGGGAGCGGGCAAAGCACAAGCACCACAUCCUGGGGGCCACCUGGCUCCUGCUCGAGGCCUUCGAGCUGGACCCUGAUGCCACCUAUGAGGCCAGGCUGCGGAUGCAGAUGGCCGAGGCGGAGGAUGACGCUCUAGAGGAGGAGCGCUACGAGGGCCAGUGGAGCGAGUGGAGCCAGCCCGUGGCCUUCCCCUCCCCCCGGAAAGGACCCCCGCACCCACCUCGGGGACAGCCAGACAGCACCCUCUUCACUGUGGCCCUCUUCCUACUGCUGACCAGCCUGGCCUACAUCCUGUGCAAGCUGUCGCCCAGGGUGAAGAGGAACUUCCACCAGAAGGUGCCCUCGCCGGCGGCCUUCUUCCAACCCCUCUACAACGUGCACCAUGGCAACUUCCAGACCUGGAUAGGAGCCCACAGUGUGGAUCCACAGCUGCGCGGGUGCGUGCACACAGCAGAGCCCAGCGCUCAGGAGGCCAUCGCACCGCUAACAUGUGACCUCACAGAUGUCUGGAGACCAGCAAGGCUGCCAGAGGACGAGGGCAUGCAAGUGGGGUGCCCCACAGAGGCCGUGCCCACCGCCUACCUGCCACAGGAGGACUGGGCGCCCAAGAACCCAAUGCUGGAGGGAGAUAGCAGCUACUGUGCCCUGUGCUGCGGCACGGAGGGCCAGCCCCCAGCGCCCCCUGAGAACACCCUCCUGCCUGGGGUCCCUCCCAAGAUACCCAGCAGUGGGGUGUGUGUGCAGAGGCUGUCCACAGCCUGGGGCCAAACCCCACAUAAGCUGCCUGAAGACCCCCAGAGCUCCUCCUUCCUGGAAGGCCACAGGCAGGGUCCUGAUAGUCCAGAGGCCCCAGCUCUGCCGGCGCCACUGCCCUUGCUCUGGAGAGAACAGACUGAAGCUUCUGGAGCUGAGGCCUAAAGCAGCCAAAGCUUUGUCUGGCAGAGGCAGAAGCUGCCCCUCCACUCUGUGCCUGGCCCUGCCGGCAAGCAUGGCGGACAAAGGGCCUGGGCGGCUGUCCGGCACAUACACAUCACGCUCUGGGGGCUGAGGAAGACACCACACGCACCAGGGCCUGCGAGUGCAGCUGCUUCCCUGCCUCCUCCCCGCCCCCAUCACUCUCACACAAGACACCUCCCUCCUGGAGCUGAGAGAACUGAGUGGGGGAGUCAGUGUCCCCUGCAGCUGUGGCCGAGGACAGCUCCCAGGGUGACAGUGGCUGAAAGCAGAACAUGAGCCUCUCACUUCCCACUCCUAGAGGAGACACACAGGCUCAUCACCCCCAAAGGCCUGAGGUCUGUGUUCAUGGAAAUAAACCCUCCAAGCUCC